AUGAACUGGCCCUUCUUCAGAACAGCUGCAGUGCUGUUCAUUUUCCUGGUGGUGCUGGAAGUUAACAGUGAAUUUCAAAUCCAGGUCAGAGAUUAUAACAGUAAAAAUGGCACCAUCAAGUGGCGUUCCAUCAGGAGGCAAAAACGUGAGUGGAUCAAGUUCGCUGCAGCCUGCCGUGAAGGUGAGGACAACUCAAAGAGGAACCCAAUCGCCAAAAUUCACUCAGAUUGUGCUGCAAACCAGCAAGUUACAUACCGCAUCUCCGGAGUAGGAAUUGAUCAACCACCUUACGGAAUCUUUGUUAUUAAUCAAAAAACUGGUGAAAUUAAUAUAACAUCCAUAGUUGAUCGAGAGGUCACCCCUUUUUUCAUCAUCUAUUGUCGGGCUGUGGAUUCACUGGGUCAAGAUUUAGAGAGAGUUCUCGAGCUCAGAGUCAGGGUUUUGGAUAUAAAUGACAACCCUCCGGUAUUUUCUAUGUCUACGUUUCUAGGACAAAUAGAAGAAAAUUCUAAUGCCAAUACACUGGUGAUGAUGCUCAAUGCUACUGAUGCAGAUGAACCAAAUAAUUUGAACUCAAAAAUAGCCUUCAAGAUCGUAAGACAAGAACCUUCUGAUUCACCAAUGUUUAUUAUCAACAGAUACACUGCAGAAAUUCGAACAAUGAAUACUUUUCUGGACAGAGAGCAAUAUGGCCAGUACUCUCUAGUUGUAAGAGGCUCAGACCGCGAUGGUGGGGCAGAUGGUAUGGCAGCAGAGUGUGAAUGCAGCAUUAAAAUCCUCGAUGUCAAUGAUAACUUCCCAUACAUGGAACAGUCAUCAUAUUCCAUAAGUAUUGAAGAAAAUGUUCUAAAUUCAAAUUUGCUCCAGAUUAGAAUAAUUGAUUUGGAUGAGGAGUUCUCAGCUAACUGGAUGGCAGUCAUUUUCUUUAUCUCUGGAAAUGAGGGAAAUUGGUUUGAAAUAGAAAUGAAUGAAAGAACAAAUGUGGGAACGUUAAAGGUUAUUAAGGCCCUAGAUUAUGAAGCUACGAAGAAUCUUCAACUUAGUCUUGGUGUUAGAAAUAAAGUUGAAUUUCAUCAAUCAAUUAAGUCUCAAUAUAAACUCACAGCAACUGCAGUCUCUGUGACUGUGUUAAACGUAGUUGAAGGCUCAGUGUUCCGUCCAGGUUCAAAGACAUUCGUAGUAACUAGUGAGAUGGGACAAAACUAUCAAUUGGGAGACUUUAUAGCUACUGAUCUGGACACAGGUCUACCUUCAACCACUGUUAGAUAUGAAAUGGGAAGUAAUCCAGCGGGCCUAAUCGCUAUUGGCUCAAAAACGGGCAUCAUUAUUUUGAGAAAUAAAGUUACUGUUCAACAAUAUGAAAUACUUGGGGGGAAAUACGAAGGAACAAUUCUAUCUAUAGAUGAUGCUCUUCAAAAAACUUCUACUGGUACAAUUAUUAUUAAACUUGAAAGUGAUUCCAGGGAAGAUGAUGCACGGUCUAAUGAUAAUAAUACCAGUACUAGCACAAAUGGCCUUACUUCCUCAGAUGUUAUCAUUGAUACCAACAAAAACGUUGGCACUGUUAGCACAAAUACUUUUGGUGUAGGUCGCACCACUGCUUUUCGUUCAAUAAAAGAGGAUAAUGUAUAUUUUGGUCCUGCUGGCAUUGGACUACUCAUCAUGGGAUUCUUGAUCCUAGGAUUGGUCCCACUUUUGUUGAUGUUUUGUGACUGUGGAGGUGUCCCUGGUUAUAGGGCCAGCUUUAAGCCUGUUACCGAAUGUACGGAUGGAGCAAUGCAUUCAUGGGCGGUGGAAGGACCGCAGCCCAAACUUGUGGAUUUGACCAAUAUCGGUGCACCACAAAUACCACCCAAUAAUGCAGAUACUAUUGAGUGCAUUGACAACUCAGGGGUUUACACAAAUGAGUAUCAUGGCAGAAAAAUGCAAGAUCUUGGAGGAGGAGAAAGAACGACAGCAUUGGAACUGGUGGAUGGAGUUAAAACAUCAGGACAACCUAAGAUAUGUCAAGAAUAUUCUGGAACAUUAAGAAGUUCUGUGAGGGACUGUAGAGAAGGAGGGCUGAAUAUGAACUUCAUGGAAAGUUACUUCUGCCAGAAAGCGUAUGCUUAUGCAGAUGAAGACGAAGCACGCCCAUCCAAUGACUGUUUGCUCAUAUAUGAUAUUGAAGGUGUAGGUUCCCCUGCGGGCUCUGUGGGUUGUUGUAGCUUCAUUGGAGAAGACUUGGAUGACAGCUUUUUGGAUACACUGGGGCCUAAAUUUAAGAAGUUGGCAGAUAUCAGCCUGGGAAAAGGAGUGGAACCAUAUCUAGACCCUGAUCCCUCUUGGCCACCUGACAGCACUGAACCGAUCUGCCCUCUGCAGGGAACAGAGCCCAUUGGUAGUGGACACCCACACACCUCCCCACAUUUCGGCACCACCACCAUCAUUUCUGAGAGUAACUACCCCUCGGGACCUGGGGUACAGCAUCCUAUUCCUGAUCCUCUGGGCUAUGGUAAUGUCACUUUAACUGAGUCUUACACCACCUUGGGGACUCUGAAGCCCUCUGUCCACGUUCAGGAUAACCGACAUGCAUCAAACGUGGUGGUGACAGAGAGGGUGGUUGGCCCAAUCUCUGGUGCCAAUCUGCAUGGGAUGUUAGAGAUGCCUGACUUCAGAGAUGGGUCAAAUGUUAUAAUGACAGAAAGGGUAAUAACACCUGGUUCAAGCCUGCCCUCCACUUUGACCAUCCCUGAUCCUAGAGAGUCUUCAAAUGUAGUAGUGACAGAAAGAGUAAUCCAGCCAACUUCCGGCCUAGUGGGCAAUCUGAGUGUGCACCCCAAUUUAUCAAACACCCACAAUGUGGUUGUGACAGAGAAGGUAGUUUCAGGCUCCGGCAUGACUGGCAUUAGUGGCCCAGCUGGGCUAGGUGGAGGCAGUGGCAUAGGCAGCAGUGGCCUGGUGGGCAGUGGUGCUGGCAUUGGGCUGAGCAGCCUGGGAGGGGGCGGGGGCCUGAGUAGCAGCAUCGGGGGCACAUCCACCAUUGGCCACUUGAGGGGCUCCUCUGAGCAUCACUUUAGCAAUACCCUAGGAUCUGCCCCCGCUAUCACAGCCCGAAGUCGAAUCACAACGUACAGUACAGGACAAUAUACCAAGUAG